CCAACACGGUUGUUCCUGUCUCGGCUGCUCGUGCCCAUUUCCUGUCUGGGCGGCGGGUUUAGCUUCCAGGGGUGUACCGCCAUAUGUGGUAUCUGGGGGAGCGAGUGUCCCUUCAACACCAUUCGGGGGAUAGGCUUGUCACCAAGGAUCCACCGGAGUCCAUGUUGGCUCUGGAUGAAGAUCUUGCCCGGCUCUAUGCGGAGGCUAGGGGCGAGGCUGUUUGCCGCUCUUGAAGGGAGUUUGUACACAGGAAGGGGAGCUAUGACGACUUCUUGAGGAGGCUGACCCCACCAGUACGCUUCGUACUGCGGGAGGAGGAGGUUGAUCCUGAGGACAUUCCUCAUGCUGAUAGGAUCCUCCGCUAUGAGAACUCGGACGGGGAAGAGGUGGUGGAGACCAUUCAUUGGGCUUCUCCUCCGCACCGGAAAUCAUAUGAUGCUGUACCUGAGCAUUACGCCCCUGCGCCUCGGGUGAGAGUGCGUCGUUGGAUGCUCUUGCUUGAUUCUUGGAAGAGACAGUGUGCCAAGCUGACCCGGAAGCUUUCUGGCCGGAACAGAGAGGAGCGCCAUCGGGACCGUAGAGAUUCCGUUGACAGAGAGCCUCAGGCGGAGACGUCCUCGGGACAAGAGGGACCGAGCUUGGAGCUGGGAAAGGGGUGCGGUGCUGGUGCUCAUCAGAGGCAUUCUGAUGCUGAGAGGGGAGCUCCCCCUUUUGUACAUGUUGAUCCCACCAGGCAUUCAUUUGGAGGUGCUAGCGGUUCAAGACCCUUUGUUCCUCCUUCCGGUUACUACUUCGGAGGAAGUGGCCCUCAGCCUUGGGGUGCAGGUUCAUGGGCUUGCUAUGCGGAGAUGGAGAGGAUGCGUCAGACUCAGAUGUUUGGGUCGUACCCGUAUAUGCCGACGCCGCCGCCUUAUCAGUGUUCCUCUCCUCAGCAGGGAGUUCAUCCCUCCACUGGCACACUUCGUAUCUCGGAGGAGGAUCCUAGUACCCCUGGGACGGAGCUGGAUCGGGAGCUGGAGCGCCUUAGGAGGCGUAACAGGGACAAGGCACCCGUGAUUGAUGUCUCUGCCGGUGAUGUUUCAGACUGACCCUGCAUGGUAGCGAGUUCCAGAUUGCCUGGGUUGAUUUUGUAUAGGCUGGAUUGUAUUGUAUUUGUAU